AUGUCUACCGAAAUUUAUGAAAAAGUCUAUAAUUUUCUCACUACCUCUCCCAUGGAACAUAUAACUGCCGUUUCUUUCAUAUACCAGGUUAUAAAAGUUGAACCCUGGAUUUCAAAAGAAGAAUCGAGAACAAUAGUGCAAAAUGCUAUUAAUUCUUCACUAAAUAUAUAUUCUCAAAGUACCUUAACCCAAAAUAAGCUUCUCAAGAUUCUUGUCCAGCAUCCUAUUAGCCCAUUAGUAAGAGAUAUCAUCCUUGGACGCGUGGAGGAUGUUAAUCUGUACUCAUAUGCGAACUUUAAUGUUGUUUACAUUGAUACCAAGCAAAGUCUAUUAUGUUACGAUGAUGCUUUUAAAGGAGUGCGUAGUUUACGAGAUAUUGGUGCAGUAAAAACGAACAAAGAAAAGCCUCUUAGUUCCGAGCAGAUUGAGAAAACAUAUCAGAGUUGA